AUGCCCAAACUGCAGCUGUUUGCUCGCGAGCCCAAGAAAAUCACCGUGUCGGAUGGUGUGACGGACAAUUCCGUCGUUGCAUCGCUUGCUCCCGAAACCGGAGCCGUCAAAAACUGCAUCUAUGCCCCCAACGGGUCUCUGUUUGCCUACGCUGUUGCUGACGGAGUGCAUGUGGUGGAUCCGGAAACGUGCCAGGAGACGCUGAGACUGGACGAGCCCAAUGUGCUGGAAAUCGGCUUUUCUCCUCUCGGCUCCUUCAUCAUCACCUGGGAAAUCCCUAAGAAGGACCCUGCAUCGGGCAACUUCAAGCCCAACCUCAAGGUGUUCAACUCCAAGACCGGCGACCACGUGCAGUCGUUUGUGCAAAAGUCGCAGACCGGCUGGAACCUGCAGUACACCUUUGAUGAAAAGUACUGCGCUCGAAUGGUGAAGGACGAGAUCCAGUUUUUUGAGUCUGACGUGCUGACCAAGGUGUGGGCUAAGCUGCGAGUCGAGAACUGCGCCGACUUCUCCGUGUCACCCGGAAAAAACUACUCCGUCGCUGUGUUUGUGCCCGAGAAGAAGGGCCUUCCUGCCAAGGUGCAGAUCUACCACGUGCCCAACUUCAACCAGGCCGUGGCCCAGAAGACCUUUUUCAAGGCCGAGGAGGUUGGACUCAAGUGGAAUGCUCUGGGCACCUCGCUGCUGGUGCUGGCACAGACUGCCUCUGAUGCCACAGGAAGAUCCUACUACGGAGAGACCACUCUCUACCUGCUUGGAAUCACCGGUGCCUUUGACAGCCGAAUCACCCUCGACAAGGAGGGUCCUAUUCACGAUGUCGCAUGGUCCCCCAACUCCAGGGAGUUUGCCGUUGUCUACGGAUACAUGCCUUCUAAGACCACCUUCUUCGAUGCUCGAGGAAAUGAGAUUCACACUCUGGCCGAGUGUUCUCGAAACACCAUUCGAUUCUCCCCCCACGGCCGGCUGGUGCUGCUCGGAGGCUUUGGAAACAUCCAGGGAGCCGUUGACAUCUUGGACCGACAGUCCAAGUUCGCCAAGGUGGCCACUUUGCAUGCUGCCAACGCCUCCCAUGUGGCCUGGUCGCCCGACUCCCAGUACGUGCUGACAGCCACCACCGCCCCUCGUCUGCGAGUCGACAACGGAUUCCGAAUCUGGCACGUCAAGGGGAACCUCAUGUAUGCUCAGGACUUCCCUGAGCUGUUUGCUGCUGACUGGCGACCUCUCCCCUCUUCUGAGUUCCCCUCCGGACAUACCAUCAGCGAGUGUCCUGAGGCACACGAGUCUGCUAAGACCGCCAAGGAGGGCGCUAAGGCCCCCGUCGCCGCUAAGCCUGCAGGCGCAUACAGACCUCCCCAUGCUCGAGGUCAGCCCGAGCGAGCUGCUCGAGGCUCUCUGGCUGCUUCUCCCGAUCCCUCUUCGGGCCCCAAGGUGCGAGGCGCUGGAGGCCGAGUCAUCCCCGGAGCUGCUCCCAAGAAGCACGAAGAGAAGAACGGUGCCGUGCCGGUGGCUACCGUGGACGACAAGAAGAUCCGAGCUCUGCUGAAGAAGCUGCGUGCCAUUGAGGACCUCAAGGCCAAGCAGACCAACGGCGAGAAGUUGGAGGACACUCAGAUCCAGAAGAUUUCUACCGAGGGCAACGUCCGGGACGAGCUCAAGAAGUACGGAUGGGACGGUGUUUCCAAGUAA